AACGGGAAUGAAUGUCAGCAUAUCAGCGCCCACCAGGAAACAACUGCCCCGAGAAAUUGCCUGCCAGCAUCCAGAAGCCUCUCGGAAACUUUUCAUUGCAUGCUGUGCUCACAGCCCCUGCUCUUGGCGCCAGCCUCACGUAUCAAGAUGUGCGGCCGCCCCCUUAUAAAACAGAGGCCCCUGUAUUUUUGCCCAUUCGCGGAAAUUACUGCCGGAGAGAAGCGAGGUGCCAAUAUACAUUUUACCUAAAAGACGUUUGGUCAUUCUGUUCAACUCAGAUUUCGCAUUUCCAAACGCGCACCAGCAGAUAUGCACACCUAUUGGAUUGGGCUCGUUGCCCUCGCAGCCCUAUCCAGCCCUGUAACAGCAGCCACCAAAAAGUGCUACUACCUAGACGGCUCUUCGACCGAUAACUCAUUUGUACCAUGCCGACCAGACGACGAUAACAGCGCCUGCUGCGCAUCCAACAAGACGGGUGGCGAUAUCUGCCUCGCCAGCGGCCUGUGCUAUGCGCAAGAUGGCCCAUUCAACGGCUUCAUAUACUCCAACGGAUGCACAGAUAAAUCGGGCAAGUCGGCAUCAUGUGUGAAUGUCUGCCCAGACACCUUCGUCAACUCGGCUGUUGGCAAAAAGGCCCGAGUUUACAAUAUCCUGCCCUGCAAUCCAGGCCAAUUUUGCUGCAGAGCCUCCGAUGAUAAAAAGAGCUGCUGCUCAAACUCCGACGCCAUGAUCAAGCGCGACAUUGGAAAGAUAAUUCUUCCGGACGCCCCUAGCACAAGCGCAAACCCUUCGGCCACAAGCUCUAGCUCACAAGGAACGCAAACUAAACCACCACUAUCGACUGGUAGUUCGACAGACACAGCGACAGAAUGUCCGAAAGAUAAUACAGCCGUUGUGGGUGGUGCGGUCGGAGGUACUCUUGGUGCGGCGCUGCUUGCCUCGCUAGUUGCUAUUGCGUUCCUCUUGAAGCGCCGGCCAAAGCCGGUGCCUGAAUAUAACGGUAUUGGAAAUGGUAGCGAACCAAAGUACCAGACGGAACUGGAAACUCCUCGUCAACAUACGGCAUAUGAACUUGCAGGUCAAGAACAGCAUUAGAGCCGGAGGUUGCUCGUUGUGAGGGGGGAGUUAGGCAUAGUUUACAUGGCAAAAUUCACGUAGCCUUGAUGAAUAAAGAACACUUUGCAUUAAUCAACUACUAUACGUAUACUUUCUGAACUUGUUUCAUGUACCCUCAUUUCUUAGAAGCCCGUCAUUUUUUUAGAUCUUAGAGAACUUCUUAAAAGCAGAGAUGAGGUUGCCAGUAGAGUUGUCGUGGCCCUCGCCGCUUCCAGGCUCGUCGAGCUCCUUCAAGAUCUUCUUGGCCAAGACCUUGCCGAGCUCAACACCCCACUGGUCGAAGCUGUUGAUGUCCCAGAUGGCACCCUCGGUGAAGGUGAGGUGCUCGUAGUAAACGAUGAGAGCACCGAGUUCAGCAGGGCCAAUAGAGCCACCGACGAGGAUGGAAGUGGUAGGGCGGUUGCCAAGGAAGCGCUUGUGGGGGACAAGGUCGCCAGUGGUUCCCUCGGCCUGGACCUGCUCGUCAGUCUUGCCAACCAUCAAAGCCUCAGCCUGGGCGAAGAAGUUGGAUGCCAACAUCUUCUGGUGGAGGUUGUUAGAAACAGGGUUGUGGGACUGAGCGGCCAAGAUGAAGUCGGUAGGAAUCAGCUUGGUGCCCUGGUGAACAAGCUGGAAGAAGGAGUGCUGGGCGUUGGUGCAAGGCUCGCCAAAGAGGAUGGGGCCUGUACUAAAGUUAGCAUGACUGAAGUGCAAUACUAUGUAUGUAAAGACUUACCGGUGGUGUACUUGACAGAGGAACCGUCAGAGGCAAUAGACUUGCCGUUGGACUCCAUGGACAGUUGCUGGAGGUAGGCGGGGAAUCGGUGCAGGUAUUGGUCAAAGCUGUAUAGCCAAAUUAGUCGAGUUCAAGAUAGUUUCAUGGCGAAACAAUUCAACUUACGGGGCAACCAAGUGGGUUUGGGCCUGGAAGAAAUCAGAGUACCAGACGCUCAACAGGCCACCAAGGACGGGAAUGUUCUCGCGGAGGGGAGUCUCGCGGAAGUGCUUGUCCAUGGCGUGGGCACCACUGAGGAACUUGUGAAAGUUGUCGAAGCCAAUGUACAGGGCAACGCUGAGGCCAAUGGCACUCCAGACAGAGUAACGGCCGCCAACCCAGCUCUCAAAGCCAAACAUGUUCUUCUUGUCAAUGCCGAACUUGGUAACCUCUUCCUCGUUGGUGGAAAGGGCAACAAAGUGCUUGGCAAUCUCGCCCUUGUUGUCAGUCUUCUCGAGGAACCAGGUCUUGGCGGUGUUGGCGUUGGUGGUAGUCUCGGCCGUGGUGAAGGUCUUGGAAGCGAUCAAGAAGAGCGUGGUCUCGGGGUCGGAGUUGGCGAGAGCUUCAGCAAUGUGCGUUCCGUCAAUGUUGGAGACAAAGUGGAGGGUCAUGUCCUUGGCACCGUAGUACUUGAGAGCCUCAGUGACCAUGACAGGGCCG